AUGCAGAGGCACGUGGAUAAAGAAGAAUCACUGCUUGAACAGAUGCGGUCGUGGUGCGUUCGCAUUGCGAUAGACUAUGAAAACGCCCUCAUGUAUUGGACACAAAAAGGUCCCAGCAAGGGUGGCCGGGGUCGAAUCUUUCGCGCUGGAAUUGAUAUUCCGCCUGGAGAGACAGCAGACAACCGCUCGGAUAUUGAGAUGAUGUCGGAAGACCUACCGGAGCCUAUCGAUAUAGAGAUCGACAGUGAGACCCCGACUCUAUACUGGACAGAUCGGGGCUAG